UGAGCAGCAAGCGGCUGCGGAAUGACCUUACAGAGUGCAUACUUCUUAAAAAGUUUAAGUCUUAGUGUACUGUAUUUGUUUGUGUCGUGGGAAAGGAUUCCACGUUUUGCACAGCUAUUAUCUGUAAGACGACAUUUUAAUCUAUAAAUCCUAUAAAGCAAGAAUGAUUCUUCCCUCCUCUGUGCCUAAGCGUAAAAAGGCAGAAAAGGAACUUUUUAAAGAUACUCAUACCAUAGAAUCAAAUGAAAUCAUUUGUAAGUUAGUCAAAUCAUGCGGCAACUAUUUGUUCACUGCGAUAACAGAACAGGGAGAGGAAGUUUUCGUAUCCAUUCCAGAAAGAUUUCGCAAUACAUUCUACUUUGCUCAAGGUGGUUUUGUUAUCUGUUCACCGCUGGAUAGCAAAAAGGUGAAGGGAGAAAUUCGAACUGUGUUACAAAAGGAUAAUAUUAAGGCUCUGGUUAAUGAAGGCCGUUGGCCGGAAACUUUUACUGUAAACAUAUCAAAGGAAUCCUCAAUAAAGAAUGACAAUUAUAUCCCAGAAGAUAUGCUUCCAUCAUUCUCUGAUAGUUCUGACACAGAAAGUGAAUUGAACUUAUAUGGAGUACCAAACCACAUUUUCGGGGGUGUUGUUUACGAAAAGCGAAUGUCCGGCGCUUUAACCGGAUUCCAAACCAAUGGUGCACAUGGGCUCCAGUAUCCUGCGGGAACAAAUGGCGUAUGAACCAAUCGUUGGUCACCGGCUACCAUGGAACUGCAUCUCCUUUCGAUGCUCUACUGCCUUGUGGAUCAGACCAUCAGGUCGAAGGCUCCGGGUGUAACCCCCUAAGAAAACCACCUGUUUCGGUUUGGGCACCCGGGGCAGUAUCACAGCCCUCUCACAGAUUGAAUGGGAUUUGUGUGGCGCAUAUGUAUUUGGUGCCUCCUUGUACCAAUAUCUAUGUGUUAAAUUAAUAAUAAUAAAUAAUAAUCAAACCACAUAUGCCUUAACUUA